AUGUUAGGGGAAGAGAAUAAAGAUAAGCCUGGUGGAGGGAGUUGGAAAAAGUACUCGCGGUCGGUUUCGUGGAGUGACCGAUCACCUGGAAAGACAAAUUCUAGGCCACAAUGGAACAGCAAGGCUCGGGGGUGUUUGCCUCCCCUUCAGCCUCUUUCGGUUACUAGGCCUAGCGGGGAGGAAUGGCCGAGGGCUGGCUCGGAUGAUAUUGGCAUAUGGGCGAACCCCCCUAGUACUCCUGGUGCACGGCUUGGUUCAAAUUCAGAAAAACCUCCUAGAGAAUUUGAAUUCAAGAAAGAUAAGCUUGCGUUCUUUGAUAAGGAAUGCUCGAGAAUUUUGGAUCAUGUAUAUUUAGGAAGUGAUGCUGUUGCGAAGAAUCGUGAAAUUUUAAAGCAGAAUGGAAUAACCCAUGUGUUGAACUGCGUGGGGUUUGUUUGCCCGGAAUAUUUCAAGAAUGAGCUCGGGUACAAGACACUUUGGCUGCAGGACAGCCCGUCUGAGGAUAUCACGAGCAUUUUCUAUGAUGUUUUUGAUUAUUUUGAAGAUGUUAGAGAACAAGGUGGGCGUGUCCUUGUUCACUGUUGCCAAGGGGUGUCUCGAUCGACCUCUUUGGUUAUUGCUUAUCUUAUGUGGAAAGAGGGACAAAGCUUCGAGGACGCGUUCCAGCGUGUUAAAGCGGCAAGAGGAGUGACUAACCCGAAUUUGGGAUUUGCCUGUCAACUUCUGCAGUGCCAGAAGCGGGUACACGCCCUGCCUGCAAGCCCAUCUUCUGUGCUUCGUAUGUAUCGAAUGGCACCUCACUCUCCGUAUGAUCCUCUUCAUCUUGUUCCGAAAAUGUUGAGCGAGCCGGGUUCAGAAAGACUCGAUUCUCGAGGAGCUUUCAUUGUUCACGUUCCUUCAGCGCUAUUUGUCUGGAUGGGCAAGCAUUGCUUGAACGUGAUGUCAGACAAAGCCAGAUCAGCUGCCUCUCAAGUUAUUCGUUAUGAAAGGGCACGAGGUCCAGUUAUAACCAUCAACGAAGGUGAAGAAACAUCUGAAUUCUGGAUUGCUCUUGGCGUGCAAAAUCGUUUAGCAGAUGGUUGUGGCAUACAGGUAAUGGAGGGCAGGAUUUACCCUUCGGUUCGUCCGGGGCAAAGGAAAGUUGAUGAGUAUGAUCAAGAUUUCAGAAUUUUUCACAAAGCACUAUCCGGUGGGAUCAUUCCACCUUUUCCAUUAUCAAGAAGUGGAUCCGAGACAUGUAUACCUGCUAGAGAAAAUGGUUGGAGCAGAUUGAGACGAGAGUUGACCAGUGGUAUUAUGAAAGAAUUUAUCGGGUCUUCUAAAUUGAACUGUAAUUUGACUCAAGCAAGUGAUAAACAGGAUGUAACAGAUACUCGUAAAGAAGUUCCAUUGCCUUCAAGUCCUCAGUGCGAUUCACCUGAUUCGCUUGCUACAUACGAAACUGGCAGCCCUGUUGCAAUAAUGGAGAAAGUGGAAUACUCGGUUCCUCUUACUGAUACUGUACUGUCACCAUCUCCUUCGCUCAAUUCAUUGGAUUCUUUUAGUUCUUAUCUUGUGAGUAAACCGAAAUCCAGUUCAACGUCACCAUUGCUCUCACCUUCAACCUCCGAUUAUGCAAGUUCAUUUACCUUUUCACCCGCAUCAUCUAACUGGUCAGACUUAUCAUAUUUAUCAGCUCAGCCUUCACCUUCUGGACUUGAGUCUAAAGAUCCUGUUAAGGGCAGUUCCCCAGAGGAAAGUGCAUGUUUACCUCUUCAAGCAUCUUCCCCUCAACCAAAAGAAGCAUUUUCCGGUAGUCGUGCUUCGAGAGCGGCAAGUUUAUCAUUUAGAAGGUCACCCUCCCUUGCAGAGCGCAGAGGAAGCAGUCCUCCUCCUUGGAUGAUGUUACCUCAAGUAGACGAGGCAUCUACUGCUACAACCAAUUCGACAAAUUUGUCUUUUGACGUAGAAGAUGAUAUUAUGCAGGAUGUUGAAUACAACUUGAAACAUGAUAAAUCUUUGGAGACAAAUAGAGAAGAGCCAAUACAGUCGUGCCUAUUUGAGACGGUUGAUUGUGAUUUUCUCGUGGAGAAGGGUUCAAGUGUUAACACUUUCAUUCAGGUAGUUAAUGAAGAUCCAUUGCAGCUCCUCAAGCAUUUUGCCUUCUGA